AUGCUUAAGCCCAAGGACCUGUGCCCCCGAGCGGGUACGCGCACCUUCCUGGAGGCCAUGCAGGCGGGCAAAGUGCACCUGGCUCGCUUUGUCCUGGAUGCGCUGGACCGUAGCAUCAUCGACUGCCGGGCGGAGCAGGGCCGCACGCCGCUAAUGGUGGCCGUGGGCUUACCAGACCCCGCGCUGCGCGCGCGCUUUGUGCGACUACUGCUGGAGCAGGGUGCGGCAGUGAACCUGCGGGACGAGCGCGGCCGCACAGCGCUCAGCUUGGCGUGCGAGCGCGGCCACCUGGACGCCGUGCAACUGCUGGUGCAGUUCAGCGGCGACCCCGAGGCGGCCGACUCAGCAGGCAACAGCCCGGUGAUGUGGGCGGCCGCGUGCGGCCACGGGGCGGUGCUCGAGUUCCUGGUGCGCUCUUUCCGCCGCCUCGGCCUACGCCUCGACCGCACUAAUCGGGCGGGCCUCACGGCCCUACAGCUGGCGGCCGCCCGCGGCCACGGGACCUGUGUGCAGGCCCUCACAGGGCCGUGGGGCCGCGCAGCCGCCGCCGCCGCGGCCCGGGGCUCCAACUCUGACAGCCCCCCUGGCCGUCCAGUCCCCGCUCCCAGCCCGGAGCGCCGACGACCCAGCCCCCGCCGCCUACCGCGGCCUCUCCUGGCGCGCUUUGCCCGAGCGGCGGGCGGCCAUGGUCACGGCGGCGAGGCUGGCUCGGGGGGUAAGAGUUUCGGUCGGCACCGGGCACAGGGCUGCGAGCGGCCGGAGCUGGGCCGGAGCAUGAGCCUGGCGCUGGGUGCCGUGACCGAGGAGGAGGCGGCGCGACUGCGAGCGGGAGCCCUGAUGGCCCUACCGCAUUCGCCCCAGUCUUCGGGGGCUGGGCGGUGGCGGUCGCAGGAGGUGCUGGAGGGAGCACCCCCAACCUUAGUGCAAGCCCCCAUUGGUCUUAGCCCCCACCCCGAAGGUGAUUCCGGCUCUGGCCGCUUGGGUUUGCGCCGACGCUCCACAGCUCCAGACAUCCCCAGCCUGGUCGGGGAGGCGUCUGGGCCCGAGAGCGGCCAGGAAUUAGAGCCCAAUGCUCUGCCACUUUCGGUGCCCGGGCCUCAGCCUUGGCAGGGGGGCACGGAGGCCGUGGUGCUGCAUGCUCAGCGGUAA